GACACUCAAUAUGGCUUCCGUACGAUUGGUCUCCGGUCGCUCGUCCGCUCCGUGAAAAUGAUAAUUUUUUUUUUUUAAAUAAUUAAAUUUUUUUGACAAAAUUGAUAGUCGCUAUUUAAUAAUAAAAAUUUCCAGUACCUACGAUAUUUCGCGCGAUCGUUAGUGUGGCCGCCGCCCUCGAGUGUAACAUAUUUUUAUUUCAUGUAAAUCGUUUUAUGCGUGUGUGUGCUAAAAUCCGUGAUCGUAUCGUUGAAGUGUGUGUAUGUGCGCGUUCUAUUCUAUAAAAUAUUAUAUAGUUAAUGCUAGUGGUAUUGUGUUCCGGGUUAGUGGUGGUCGCUGUCGUGUCCGACGCGGUGUAAACGACGAGUGAAAAUAUUAUAUAAUUGAUGUGUAGAUCGUUGUAGCUUUUAAGUCGUUGAGUGUCCGAGGUGUAAAUCCGUUAUCGGCUUCUCUGUGUGCGAUAUCCAUAAUGUAUUUCUGAACAGCUUUAAAGAAACCGAAUUGCCGCCGCUGCAGUCGUCAUCAUUACUAUCAUGAAUUACCGUCCGAAACCUAAUCCUUUCGAUGGCUUGAGGAACUCUCCGUCUUCGCACAACCGUGGAGGACUCAGCUAUAUGACUACAAUGGAACGGGAAAAACAACGUGAGAAAGAAAGACAAUCCAGACAGCAACAAGUUUCCGAAAAUAAUGUCAAAGAUAAGAAAGAACUGUUUGGCUCUCCAGUAAAGGUGGACGACGCAAACGAUGACGAACAGAGCCAGCUGAUCCAGAGUCAGUUGGGUUCGUUCGACGACGCCAAACCGUACUUGGACCUGGUGUUUAGCUGUGGUAUCACCGGCAUGCCGCCAAGUCCCGCCCCCCCGCCACCGCCUUCAUCAUCACUGUCCGUCGCCGGAAUGAUGCAGCACCACCACUCGUCGACAUCAUCGUAUCCCUCCUCGUCGUCUGCAGCCGUCUCCACAGCAUCGGUCAAGUCACAUCAUCACGCCGCCGCCGCCGCCGUGAUCGGCCAACAACAGUCAUCAUCCAGGAGAUCCGUAUCGCCCGCGUCCGGUGGUGGAUCUGUGGUACCCGCUGUAGCGGCGUCCUUCAAGAAACCGACUGUCACGUCACACGCCAUGGCCAGGUCAUCGUCGUCGUCUGGGGGCGGCAACGGAGGCUCCUCUUCCUCGGCGCACUUUCAGUCGCCUGCCAAUCCACCUAGAAGCAGUAAUUUUUUGAAACCAGGUGAAAUGAAGCCACCUUACUCGUCGAUGAGCCGAUCCACGGGCAGUAGCAUGAGAAGUAGCCAUUCUUCGCACCACAGACCCACACAUAAACCCAACCUUGCCAUAUCAAAUGUAAAGAAUAGUCAUAAUACAAACGAUACCAACACGCCCAGCACGAUCGAAGACAUUCUAAACGAAAUGACCGUCGGUCUUCCACUCGUCUCGGACAUUGCUGAAACACCAAGGGUCUCGAUUGUUGAUUCCAAGUACACCGCCGACGGAAAAGUAGAACCGCAGCAAAGGAUGAGCCCCAAAGAUGCGUCCGAGAGCUUGAAAAAAAUGCUCGGCGAAACCAAACAACUGUUUGCGGAUCCCGUGCAUAGAAAUCAGCAGCCUUCGUCGCACGGCGUUUCGCCGGACGCCGCUGCUUCCGUCUCCGCUGCAGCAGCAGCAGCCGCGGCGGCCGUGCCCAUGGACGCCAAACCAUCGGGGCCAUACAAUCAUUCGCUAUUCGCAUCGUACAUGGUUAAACCGUCAGUAAGAGGAUCCAACAUUAUGCCGCAACCACAGCAGACGCAACUGAUGCAGGAAUCCCAACAGUUAUCGUUAUCACCACCCACUGACAAGAUUCGCCGAAGUUCUACAUCAACCAACGUCAUAUCGUCGGACACAACCAACUGCAGUUCUGCCAAGGCCGAUAAAACCAGUAGUGACAUGUCCGUGGAUGAGGAUAGUUCAUCUAGCGAGGAAGGCGAGAAGGAUAGCAGUUCAGAUAGUAGCUGCAGUGAUAGCGAGAGCAACGACGAGAAGAAGGAAACUGUUCCACCAUUGGCUGUUUCGCCGCCCCCACAAGAGGAACAGGAAGAAGAACCUAAGUGGUAUCUAAAAAACUUUUUGAAAAAGAAUACACCCGACACGAACAACACGACCAGAACGUCACAACAGGAGGAACCUGCUGGAAUGACUGAUCCUAAAUCUAGUCCAAACUUUCCUACACAACGAUCUGAAGUUAUUGAACUAUUAUCAGAAAUGUCAGAUUCAGACUCUAAUCACAGUGAUAAACAAAAAAGCCAAUCUGAUUCAUCAUCCUCUUCAUCCUCUUCAUCUUCAUCAUCUGAAGACGAAGACGAUAAAAAGAAAAAAUCACAUGACAGUAGUUGUGAUAGUGAUUCAUCUUAUAGUAGCCGUUCACAUGUAUCAUCUAAGCAAAUAACAGACUUACAUAAGAAAUAUUCAGCAUUAGCAAAAUGUGAGAAAAAGGAUCUCAAAAAAUCUUCUGUAAAACCUGCUAAAUUAGUAGAGAGAAAAUCAACACCAGUGAUAAUUAAAAAAGAGGAACCAGUUGAAGAACCGGUUGCAAGAAAGAGAGGUCGAAAGAAGGGUCCAACAAAGACUCCAAAACCUCUUCUGCCAUCAAAAAUCAAGUCAAAACCUUUGAUUUCAUCAGAUACAGAAGAUGAUGAACCGCCUAAACCAGUACGAAGAGGUCGACCACCAGGUAGUAAAAAUUCAAAAGUGAUAUCAGCUAGCAGUGAAUCUGAAGAAUGGACUGAUAGUAGCCGCAAGAGUCGAAAAAAAGAUACUGAGAAGAAGUCUUCACAUUCAGUAAAGAAAACACCCUCUUGGGAAAAAAAUCAACCACAAAAACCUGUAGCUCGAGUCACUGCUGCUAUGCGUCAGAUUAGCAGCGCAGAUUCAGACUCCUCUGAUGUAGAAUGUAGACCACCACCUAUGUCAACAACAACUGAAAGUCCACCCAAACUUGAUGUUGAAGGAAUCAAAGUACAAGAUAAGAAAAAGAAUGAUACUUUAAGGAAGCUGUUUAUAACAAGACGUGAGGAUGGUGGUGCCAAAAGUGGUGGAAAAUCCAAAGGUGGUAAAGGUGGCAAAGGUGGGGUUAUUAUAAUUGAUAAUAACGAAGCAAUGCGCAAUGAUAAUGAACGUGUUAUAUCUCCUGUACCAGUCAUUCCACUUAUACCUAAAGAACCAGAAAGCCUAAAGACUUUAAAAUUAUCUGUGAUGUGUAAGAUACCAUUAAGUAAGCUGCCACCUAAUUUAAAUUACUUGGUGAAACCUGCAAGAUCUGAAGAGCUAAGAACCUGUGCUGAUUUGGCAAAUACACGGCAAGAUGAAAAGAAACAAAAGCAUAGACAUCAUAAACAUCAUCACAAAGGCAGUCCAUCACAAACCGCUCCAGGAUCAGAAAAAUCUAAAUCCAACGAAUCUCCAGCUAAUACUGCUCCGCCUACUCAGCCUCUUCUCCAACAGCCAUCUUCUGAUGGCUAUUCCAAAGGUAUGGUGGAGAAUGUUAAUGUAUGGCGUAAGCCAACAUCUGUAUGUGCAGUAAUACCAGAAGCAAAAGUCAAACCUCUUGAGCAUAGUACUAUGUCAUAUUUGCAACGCCCAGCUGCUACCAGUGGUCUGAUUCAUGGUCCUUAUGAAGAAUCAUCUGAAGAUGAAGAUGGUGGACCACCUCCUUUCCUUCCUUAUAGUACUACUGCUGUUCAAAUAAUGGACCCACGGUAUAAACGUUCACUGGAAUUAGAUCAAUACUCUCCUAAUGCAUCAAAAAGACGAAAGUUUCAUAAUCCAACUGGGUCAGCAACUCUAGGAAGAUAUGCUACUGGAAUAGGCGAUGGAUUAAUAAAUGAUAUCUUGGUGGACCGCAUGCAUGAAGUUCCUGUCCAACCUCCUCCCAGACAACCUUCAUGGCGUAUGCAAUCCAUGCACCAUCAGUACCCUCCAAGGAAAAGAUUCUUCUCAUACUUUGUUACCGACUUAUAUCCUGAAAACAAUAUGCAUCAAGAGGUUCCAUUAAAGGAGGCACAAGCAUUGACCAAAUUAGCAGAAUACGAGCCUGAUCCUAUUACCCAAGAAAUGAAAUAUUUAGAUGGUAUACUAUGUUUUGUGCUUAGUGGUCAUUUGAUGGAGAAUGAUGGGACUAGGGAAAGAGCAGUGCUCAAGAUUUAUAAUGAUACUGUUGACUUAAUUAAAGUUAUUUGGUCAAAAAUCUACAACUACCGUGCAGACUGUGAUCACGAGGAGCUAGACGAAAUAUUUGAAAUGGCUGAUAAUCCAGAAAGGGAUAAUAGACUGUUAAUACUUUGGAUGAGGUGUCUUAGCUUUUUGAGAUUGAAAUUGUUUAAACUACUUGUAUACCAAAAUAGACAGAAUUUCAAGACUGUUCAGCAACAUUUCCUCAAGAAUGUGGGUUCAAGUCCCAUCUCACCCUCUCCAUCACCAGCCAGUUCUGUGGAAAGUCACUCAUCAGGAUAUUGUAGUAGUAGUAUUACUCCUGGUGGUGGAGCUGUAUCAUCAGGGGUUGCGACAGGUGUGAUCGGAGUUCCAAUAGUUGUACACAAUGCUAUUCAUUCGCAACAUAUAUUGUAUUGUCAUUUGGCUGCAGCACACGAAAUGUGGCAACGUGCUGACCUUUUAGUUAUGCGUGGAAAACAUACACAGUUCUUUGUUGAGAUGGACCGGCAUUGUGGACCGCUAACAUUACAUAGCACUGGCCAUGAUCUCACACUGUAUGCUCGCAUUGCUAUUUCUCGCAUGAGAUGUGAGUUUAAUAUAAAAAAUUACCUUCCAUGAUAUUAGAUGAACACCUCGGAAGCUAAGUCAUCGCACAUAUAUAAAAGUACAGACCGUACAGUUUUGUCGCAUUUCUUCAUCGUCUUGGGCUUCAUUGUAACGAGGAAUUUCAUUUCUGUUUCAUGUUAAUCGUUUAUAAACUACUUAAUGUAGGUUAUAACAUUAUGAUAUAUAUUCUGUAUAUAACUCAUGUACAGCUACUUCUAAUUCUCUUCAAUAUAUUCUGUGAACUUUUUUUUUUUUUUUAAAUAAUUUUAACUAUGAAUUAAUAAAUUGUUAUAUUU